GCGCCACCUGGGCGUUCGCGGAAGAGCCCAAAGUUUGCCGCGGCCGGGAGUCGCCGCCCGCCGGGAACCCGGGGCCCGUCGCGCUUCCCGGUAUUGUUGGCCAACUUUGCUCGUCUCCCCCGCGGCCCCCACCUCGGCGGAGGCCGGGGUCGCGGAGCGCAGCGCUCGGGCCGGCCGAGCGGGCAUGGGCGGGGGCCGGAGCGGGGACGGGGAGCCGGGGCCCGCAGCCCGAACCGGGCAGCGGCGGCGCUGAGGGGGGCGGACCUCCCCGCCGGGGCACCUCCGACGCCAGCAUGCCGCGUCCGGGCCCCCGCCUGUGGCUGGUCCUGCAGGUGAUGGGUUCGUGCGCCGCCAUCAGCUCCAUGGACAUGGAGCGCCCGGGCGACGGCAAGUGCCAGCCCAUCGAGAUCCCGAUGUGCAAGGACAUUGGCUACAACAUGACCCGCAUGCCCAACCUGAUGGGCCACGAGAACCAGCGCGAGGCCGCCAUCCAGCUGCACGAGUUCGCGCCGCUGGUGGAGUACGGCUGCCACGGCCACCUCCGCUUCUUCCUGUGCUCUCUGUACGCGCCCAUGUGCACCGAGCAAGUCUCCACCCCCAUCCCCGCCUGCCGGGUCAUGUGCGAGCAGGCCCGGCUCAAGUGCUCCCCGAUCAUGGAGCAGUUCAACUUCAAGUGGCCCGACUCGCUGGACUGCAGCAAGCUCCCCAGCAAGAACGACCCCAACUACCUGUGCAUGGAGGCGCCCAACAACGGCUCAGACGAGCCCUCCCGGGGCUCCGGCCUGUUCCCGCCCCUCUUCCGGCCGCAGCGGCCGCACAGCGCGCAGGAGCACUCGCUCAGGGACGCGGGCCCGGGGCGCGCCAGCUGCGACAACCCGGGCAAGUUCCACCACGUGGAGAAGAGCGCGGCGUGCGCGCCGCUGUGCACGCCCGGCGUGGACGUGUACUGGAGCCGCGGCGACAAGCGCUUCGCCGUGGUGUGGCUGGCCGUCUGGGCUGUGCUGUGCUUCUUCUCCAGCGCCUUCACCGUGCUCACCUUCCUCAUCGACCCGGCGCGCUUCAGGUACCCCGAGCGCCCCAUCAUCUUCCUGUCCAUGUGCUACUGCGUCUACUCCGUGGGCUACAUCAUCCGCCUCUUUGCCGGCGCGGAGAGCAUCGCUUGUGACCGGGACAGCGGGCAGCUCUACGUCAUCCAGGAGGGGCUGGAGAGCACGGGCUGCACCCUGGUCUUCCUGGUCCUCUACUACUUCGGGAUGGCCAGCUCGCUGUGGUGGGUGAUUCUCACGCUCACCUGGUUCCUGGCCGCAGGCAAGAAGUGGGGGCACGAGGCCAUCGAGGCCAACAGCAGCUAUUUCCACCUGGCAGCCUGGGCCAUCCCCGCCGUGAAGACCAUCCUGAUCCUGGUGAUGCGCAGGGUGGCGGGCGACGAGCUCACCGGCGUGUGCUACGUGGGCAGCAUGGACGUGAACGCCCUCACCGGCUUCGUGCUCGUCCCGCUGGCCUGCUACCUGGUCAUCGGCACGUCCUUCCUCCUGUCCGGCUUCGUGGCGCUCUUCCAUAUCCGCAGGGUGAUGAAGACGGGCGGGGAGAACACGGACAAGCUGGAGAAGCUCAUGGUAAGGAUUGGCGUCUUCUCCGUGCUCUACACCGUGCCGGCCACCUGUGUGAUUGCCUGCUACUUUUACGAGCGCCUCAACAUGGAGUACUGGAAAAUCCUGGCCACCCAGCACAAGUGCAGAAUGAACAACCAGACCAAGACUCUGGACUGUCUGAUGGCCGCUUCCAUCCCGGCCGUGGAGAUCUUCAUGGUGAAGAUCUUCAUGCUGCUGGUGGUGGGUAUCACCAGCGGGAUGUGGAUCUGGACGUCCAAAACCCUGCAGUCGUGGCAGAACGUCUGCAGCCGCAGGUUCAAGAAGAAGAGCAGGAGGAAACCCGCCAGUGUGCUCACCAGCGGUGGGAUUUACAAAAAAGCCCAGCAUCCCCAGAAAACCCAUCUCGGAAAAUAUGAAAUCCCUGCCCAGCCUCCCACCUGUGUGUGAGCUGGCUUGUAGGGGGGGGGGGGGAGACGGGGAGCUGGGGAGGGAAGGGGCCUGAGUGGAAAACUUUCCCGGACAGGAUACCCUGGCAGUCAGAGCCAUGCCAAAACGUGGUGCUUUUCCUGGUUGGUGUUUUUUGUUUUGGGGUUUUGUUUUUGUUUUUGUUUUGUUUUUUAAUAAAAGUAAAAGAAAAAAGUUUUUACCCUGAAAUUCAGGAUGCUGUGAUACACUGAAAGUUAAAGAUGUGCUUCCAAGUUUUUUUGUUUGGUUUGGUUUCCAGAAGGAGAGCUCCCCAGUUAAGCAGCCUCUCCGGUAACUGGUUUGCAAUCAAGUCAAGCCCCAGAAGAAACUUUUGUUUCGAAGCUUCCUUACAAACAGAGCUGUGUAUAUGCUCUGAGUUGGCUUUGCUACCCAUUUACAAGUCAGAGGAGAGGUAACUUCUUUGGACGGUAAAGGACUUCUGCUGGGAGCACGGAGGGUCAGAGGAGGGGGAGAGAGCAAGAGAGGCAAAGAAGGCUGUGUGUGGGACAGCAGCGUCUGUGCAGACAGGAAGAAAGGGGAGCCCCGACGAUUUAACACACUCCAGUGCAUUUGGAGUCACUUAAAAUAGACUCCAGCCUUCACAAACGGGUCUUUCUCCAAGACAGAAACUUCCAAACCUAACAUUUGCAACUGCAAACAAUGUGCAAUACAUUUCUUCCCUCUUUCCGUGAAAAUGAAAAGAGAAACAAGUAUUUUGCUGUACAUAAAGACAACAAAAGAAAUCCCAACAAAAGCAGGGAGAGGCCCAGCCCUCAGAAACCCUCUAGUGUUACAUUUUGUGGCUUUUUAAUGGAAACCAAGCCAAUGUUAUACACGUUUGGACUGAUUUGUGGAAAGGGGGGGGAGGGGAGAAAGAUCAUUCAAAAGUAUCCAAAGGGGUUAUUGACUCUUUCUAUUGUUAGACAAAUGGUUUCCAUGAAUAGUUCAUGAAGCACUACACAAAUCUAGUUGAUUCUCCCCACACCCCAGGGAAGAGCGGUCCUGCUUGUGUAUAUUUGUAAUAUAUGAUAUUUUUCAUG